AAAGGACCAUUAGAGAAAGUGCCAUCCUCCCUUUUCCGUCCUCUAGAAAACCAAAUUCAUUAUUAUAACCCUAACUCAAAAGGCCCUUUACCCAUAGUUUACAUUUCCCGUGCACCUAACAACGUAAGAAAUCCAUCAUUACUACCCCCACCUCUUCCUUUCCAUUCCUCUCUCCAGAAGUCCUAGCCCUACAAUCUCAAAGACAAACCCAUCAUUCAAAGUCAUAACCGAUACCUAAAAUCCUCAUUCCAAUCAAAACCAACCCCACCAUGCCCACAAAAUUAAGUCAUCAAAUUAAAGCACCGAUGAUCCUCAAUUUGAUCCUUGUGCUUAUUUGUGUCACUACUCCAAUCAAAGGUGAGAAAUCAAGGAAGCUUGAUGAGGUCACAAACGGUAAUGAGAAGUGCACACCAUGUGAAGGUGGUUACACCCCAUCACCACCAAUAGAGUAUUUAUCACCACCACCACCAAUAGAGUAUUUUUCACCGCCACCACCAAUUGUGUAUCCAUCACCACCACCCCCUUCACCCAAGAAACCACCAACGAAGUAUUGCCCUCCACCACCAUCAUCAGCAUAUUUGUACAUGACGGGUCCACCGGGGAACUUGUAUCCCGUUGAUGAGAAUUUUAGUGGAGCUAGUUCCAACCGCCACCAUAGUUUCGCUGUUUUCUUGCCACUUUUAGUUGGCUUGUUGUGCAUGAUGGCCUUUUGGUGAUCAGCUUAUCAAGAAAUUAAUUCAGGCCUAGAAGAAUUCAUGGAUUACCAAUUAAGGUCUCACAUAAGGUAAAGUACGGGAGAAUUUUGUACUCAAGUAAUUUUAUUGUUUGAAAUUAAUGUUCCCUUCUUCGUUUAAUUUGUGAUCCCAAUCUGUACUAUAAUAGCAAUAAUCCUUAUAAUGGCAAUAAUCUUUUGCUAGCUAAUU